AUGGGGGCGUCCGGAGUGCUGAUGUCGUUGGGGUAUGUGCUGUGGAACGUGGUCUCGUCGGUAGGCCUCAUUCUGAUCAACAAGUGGCUCAUGGAUAGUGUGCACAUCGAGUGCAUCUUUAUGCUCACGUCGAUGCAUCUGAUGACGUCGUGGCUCUCUGUGGUGGCGCUGAUGAAGCUUGGGUAUGAGGAGUACAAGCCGAUGCCGCUGAGGGACGUGCUGCUCAUGGUGAGUGUGUUCUUUGUCACGGUGGCGUCGUUCAACCUCUCGCUCAAACUCAACUCGGUCGGCACGUACCAGCUCUCGAAGCUGCUUGUGACGCCGGUCACGGCCGCCCUGCAGUUUAUGCUGCACGGCACGCGGGUUCCGAUAGCGACGCAGCUAUCGCUGGCGAUCAUCUGCAUCUCUGUGGCGUUUGUCUCCAUUUCGGACGUGACGCUGACGGCCGGCGGCGCGCUGUGCUGCGUGGUGGCGAUUUUCGCUUCUGCAGCCAACUCGAUGUGGACCAAGUCGGUGCCUGUCCGGCUCGGCCUCUCGACGUACCAGGUCAACUUCUUCAUGUACCCGUGGGCAGCAGCAACGUUUGCGUUUGCAUCGGUCCUCGUCGAGAACGACCCGGUCGGCGAACUCACCGGCCUGCUCAACGCCGACCUCGACCCGAGUGUCGAAGGUUCGUCACGGAUCUUCUUCAUCCUGGUGACGUGCGCCAUGGCUGCCUCGCUCAACAUUUCCUCGUCGUCUCUCAUCUACUACACGUCGGCGCUAACCUUUCAUGUUGUCGGCCAUUUCAAGCUCAUCCUCAUUCUCACCUUUGGCGUUCUCUUCCUCAACUCGCCGGUCUCGGCCCGCAGCGCGCUCGGAAUGGUCGGCGCGGUCUUUGGCGUCAUGUGGUACACCUCGAUCAAGUACCGCGAGCAGCAGGCAGCUCAAGCCGCUGCGUCGGUGAGCAAGAGCAAGACCGAUUCGGCGGCAUAG